AUGUCUGUCAGCGCCCGGCGGGUAAUCCCCGGACUACGGUCCAUCAUCACGGCGCCAGGAGUCGCGUCAACGCGGAGAUGCUUCUCCAACACUCCCUUGAUGAAGAAUACCGCCUCUACGCCUCCUCUGCCAGCCAGGAAGCCCGUUGGAGCCUUUCGCGGAGGUUUGUUUGGCUUCCUUACCGGUUCCGUUGCUGCCGGUGCUGUCGUCUACUACUAUAUCCUCGGCGAAUACAGGAUAUCGAACAACAUGCUUACUGAAGAUAUCAACGCUCUACAAUGCGCGACCCAGAAGCUCCAGACUUAUAUCUCGGAGCUGGAAGCACGGGUCGACCAAUUGCACAAGAAGAAAUGA